AUGGCCCAGUUAACCCCUAUUAAAGGAUUCACAAACUGCUCUGUUACCAAGUCAAUAUGUAUUAUAACAACAGUGAUACCACUUGUGCUAUCCAUAUUAUCAAUUAAAUAUGUUGUUCGUAUGUCUUUGGAUCCAUAUAUCUACCAAUACCAUCAAUAUUGGAGAAUAAUCACAUAUCAAUUAUCAGUGGUGAACGAAUCAGAUUAUCUUUUAGGCGUUCUUCUUUGGUUUGAAUUCAAGGUUAUUGAAAGAUUUUAUGGUUCAAGGCGCUAUCUAUCCUUAAUUGUCGCCUUUGCUGUCUACAAUGCUAUUGCGUGCACUUCUGUCAUGGCUAUUGGCCAAUUACUAAUAAAUUACUUUACCUUUCUCCUCAAAAUUUUUUUCAAAGGAUUCACGCAUGACAAGUUUAAUUUCAAGCCCACGAUUUUGAAUGAGGCUGUGCCAGGGCCCAUUGGUCUUAUUUCUUCUUUCUAUGUGACCUAUUUGCAGAAUAUCCCCACAUCAUAUUAUUUCAAGAUUUUGCUUAGGAAACCAAAAAGAGUUAAUUUGGAAAAUGAGCCAACCAAUCAAAGCGAAUCUUCUCGUGGCAUUAACCCAGACGGCAUAAAAGCUUUCACGGUAAGCAACCAAUUUGUGGUACACAUACUAUACAUUAUAUUAAUUUUAAACAAUGGGAUCAAGUCAUUGAUUCCAGGCUUGGUCGGUCUACUCGUUGGUAAAUUAUACGUCUAUGAUCUUCUCCCAUUCACAAACUAUUUAAUUCCUAAAACAUUUUUCCAAGUUUUCAUCAAUCCUAGCAAAAAAGUCUUCCAAACUAUAAAUGCAAUGAUUCAAAGGGUCGCUCGAUCUGGUUAUACACCCUUACCGACUACAACAAACCAAGAAAAUCUUAUGCAAGAGCCACGUCUCAGCAGCGAAGAACCCGAGGAUAAUGACGAUAUUUUAGAUGAAACCAGAAGACAAGAAAGCCAAAUUCGAGCGGAAACACCUGUUCGACCUUUGGGUAGUCAAUUUUUGGAUACAUUUAGGAGAUAG